GAGUAUUUCUUCCUAAACAAACUCAAAGCCUCGACCUUUUCAGGUCUGAUAACCCUCCGAUUUCCGUGAAGCGCAAGUUUUUCUGCAUCUGUUUCUGUGUAAAGCGACGCCGAUCGGCGUUCCCGCGUAGCGUAACAAUUUUACGACAAGUUAAGAAUCAGUUCGGUACGAUGCUCGGUACAUGCUCGUAGUACGAAGCGAAGAUGAUCUCGUGGUUUAAUCGCUUCCUCGUCGCGCUUCUCUGCUUCGUCGCUGUUCCUUCCUGCGCGAUCUACGAUCCAAAAGCGACGACUACGAAGCCGCCAGAGCGUCGCGAAUCGGAGCUACCUUGGCAUUCGUUUGACAGAGCGAACGAGUCGCGAAUAGAUUCUCGUUCCCCAAAAUGGCAGGAAGAUGGAUCCGCGUCAAAGACCGCCACGAAGAGUUGGGGUUCGUGGCGAAAAACUCCGGGUAGCGAGAUCGAACAAAGAACCCAAAUCGAUCCGUUCGAACAAGUUCCCAAGCAAAUUCCCGAACAAAUUCUUGCGCAAGUUCCUCCCGAACAACAACACGAUUUGAAAUUUCCCGACGAACGACGAGAAACUCAGAAACGCGAGUAUGAAAAAUUGAUAUGGAAUAAACCGUUCGACGAGAACUUCGAGAUCGAGGCGCCGCCCUACGACAAAACUCACGGUGGAAAUUUCAAGGAUGAAUCGAGACACGAAAAUCGCGGUCGGCCUCGAAAGAACGAAAUUGAUUUCGAACAUAAGUAUCUGUCGAGAGAUGACAAAGAAACUACGCGCGAGAACGACGAGGAGGACUUGUACGAGGGCGUGGCGAGUGACAGCACGAAACCGCGAAAGGAAAACAUAUUGUCUUCGCAAAACAAACCGGAGCUCAAAGUGGCGCGAUACGAUUCCCGCUCGGGCGUCCAGUGUCCCGAGCGCAAUUCCACCGGGCAAUUUGUUUAUCCGCCGGAUUGCAAGUUUUUCGUCAACUGCUGGAAGGGACGCGCGCACGUGCAACCGUGCGCCCCGGGAACUCACUUCAACCCCGACACCCUGGAGUGCGAUUUUCCGCACAAAGUGAAAUGCUACGAGAACGAAUUGGCCGAUUUGAGAGAGCCGUGGGAUUCCGAUGUUAAUCCGCGGAAACCGCAAAAGUUGCAAGAGCCGAAAUGUCCGGCUUACUUAACGGGUUUGUUGCCGUAUCACGGAGACUGCACGAAGUUCAUGCAAUGCGCUUUUGGCGCGACUUACAUUAUGAAAUGCGGCCCUGGAACAGUUUUCAACCGCGCCAUCGGCGUGUGCGACUGGCCGCGUAACGUAAAGGGUUGCGAAGACACUUUUAAAUCUGACCAAGACAAUGCACCGCUCACACCUCCCAAUUUGCACUCCGGAUACAAGUCGGAUUACAAAGAAGUGAAGAAAGUUAUUUCGUGUCCUGCCGAUUUCACUGGACUGCUGCCUCAUCCGGAGACGUGUAAAAAAUUCCUCCAAUGCGCUCACGGUGCAACUUUCGUAAUGGACUGCGGUCCCGGAACGGCUUUCAACCCUCUUACCACGGUUUGCGACUGGCCGUACAACGUGCCCGGUUGUAAAUCGGAUAAAUCGAGCGAUGGAGUGCGCAAAACGGAAGGUGAUUCCUGGUCACCGUCCAGAGGUACAACGUCGUGGUCGACUUCAGGCGGUCGAUACAAUCAAACAGAUUCUCGCAGUCACAUCAGACCAAGUUACAGCACAACCCCAAGCCCGACAUUUAGACCAACGUGGAAGCCGCUCACGACGACUUCGAGUCCACGUUGGUAUCCAACUGCGAGGCCGUCGUUUAAUUAUCCUGAUUACUCUACUAAUUAUCAUAAUCGUUACGGUCACAUACGCGAAGAGGAUCGAUACAAGGAUCAAGGGACUUAUCCCUCGCAAUGGAGACCAUCUGGUGGUGGAAAUUCGGGACGUCCUUUCGAAGGUAAUUACGGAUUCCAAGGUCAUCAUCCGGAUAGACAAUGGACGCAACAUGAGGGAAUUGAUCAAAGUUCGCAAGGAACUUAUCCUCCGACUUAUCCGAAAGGAUCGUGGUCGUACGAACAUGGAAAUCGUCAUCAGUACAACCGCGAAUAUCCUCCCCCUCCCCCUCCUCCUCCCUCUUCUCUUCUUCCUCCUCUUCCUCCUGGUUAUUAUUAUCAUCCUUAUUAUCCUUAUUAUCCCCCUCCUCACGGUUACGAGUCUACGUCGAAUCUUUCGGCGAGUCCAAAUUGGAACUCAGCUAGACCUCCUUCCGAUCGGAACUACGAUCGGAAGUACGAUCACGGCCGCUACGGAGGACACAAUCCAAAUGCGGAUGACGGCGGUUAUUGGCAUCCUGGUCACAAUUACCAUCACGAUUCCCGCUAUCCUACGGAAUAUGGCGCGCCAGACGGAACGGACCAGAGACAAUUUCAACCGUAUUUCCCUUCAGGGAGAUACGACGAAGAUAACGUUCAGUUUCAUAAUGUAUACAACAAGACGAAGUUUGGCGCCGACGGGAAUUUGCCGGAUAAUCGAAGGAACGAUUACGAUUUCGCGCCGAAUAGACAGGAUUACGGAAGGAUCGGAUUCUAUUUUCCAUCCUACAAUCGCACUUAUUUCCCGAACUCUGGAAACGUUUUUCCAAAUAGCGCCAAUAAAUCUGGCGAGAGUUGGUAUCACACUCAGGACGGAUCACGACAAGAUAGACUACCUCCUUCUUGGACGGGACAAGGAAAUACCGCGCGGAAUCAGUCUGACGGAUCUGACGUCAAACCGAGUACGUGGCGCGGUCAGCACGAUCGAGGACAAGUGCAAACUGAUCAGUGGGAUCAAGGCACGGUCAGUCCGGAAGAUAAACUGCACCGAUGGCAAUCGGGAAGUGACGUACCUCAGCAGAGCACGGCCGAUACAGAAGCGGACGUAAAGAUGCAGCAUUGGGCGUCAAGAACGAACGUCUUCUCGAAUUCAAAGGUGGAUUCAGGAUCUAAGAAUUCAACUCAGAAUCCGGGAGCGAAUCUUUAUCCAAACGGAAUUUACGUUAACGCAAACGGCGUGAAAGGUCACUUUAUCACGAGAGAAAUUGAAGAUAAGCGUUCGACGAUCCAUCAACACGCGCAGAAGCCUGUCAACCGGAGCUACGUCUUCAACAGCACUCACGUUUACUCCACGCCGUUCUUCACAACGACGACCCCGAUAACUCCGACCCAACAGAAGACUCAGCUGUCGAGAAGAGAAAGAACAUUCGCCGCGAAUUUCAACGGCACGAGAAGGUCCGAUUUGCCAACCGUCUCAAUUGAACAGGACGAUCUGAACAGCAGCGAUACGAAGGUAAUUUACACGGAUUCGCGGUUGCCGGAUCUCAACGAGCCCGAGAUAGACGACGAUCACAACGUGGACGUGCUGGACGAUAAAAACGUCUGGAAGCCCAGACUGGUUUUUGAAAACAAGACCGAGACCACGACCGAGACAGCUUCGUCCGUUAUUAUGAAGAUCGGUCCGAAGAAAAUCGACGUCGAACUGUUCAAUAUAGAGGCGGCGCCGUUUCACGAAGAGGAACCUCCGUUCCCCGUGUACUACGUACAUCCGGUGCAGCCGUUGACUCACUCGAGAAAAUCUGUUCCACGAACGCCGAUAUCCGGUCAGGCGAUACGUUUGAGAGGCGGUUCCGGACCUAACGAGGGGUACGUCGAGGUGCAGGGUGCGAUGCCCGGCUGGGGCGUUGUGUGCGAUUUCCGAAACAGUUGGACGUUGAAGGAAGCUUACGUUGUGUGCAGACAACUGGGCUACGUUAGAGGCGCCGAAAUGGCUUGGCAAGGAAGAAACAAUCGCAACGAAGCGCCAAGUUGGAUCGCCGCGAACUCCGUGACGUGCGUCGGCAACGAGACCAGAUUUCAAUCAUGCAAAUUCACACACAAUCAAGAAUGUCGAGUGGAUAGAGAUGCAAUUGGCGUGCGAUGCGUUCCUAAUCGCGUCGCGCAUUGCCGCAAGGACGAGAUAUCGCAUGAGGGCCAAUGUUACCACUUGACUGAUCCCGAUAGCGGAUUCAGUCGUGCCGAAGCUCAGGAGUACUGCGCACGAAGGAACGCACGGAUCAUCGACAUCACCAGCCAGGCAGAAAACAACUUCGUGUCGGAGUGGCUGUUGCAGUCGCAUUCGGAAGUUAGCUCGAUCAUGACAUCCGGCUUCGGUUUCACGACGAUGAGCCACACCUUGUGGCUCUGGAGCGAUUCUGCUCAUGCCAAAUUCAAGUUUACGAAAUGGUGGCCGGGAUGGAUGAACGAGACGAAACUACCACCGGGAGGAAGCUCUCGUCCUCUUUGCAUUGUGAUGAAACGGAAAUUUCCGUGUCACGAACAACCGGAGUCGACAUGCGACACAGAUUAUUUCUUCUGGCACACCGAGGACUGCGAAGCCGAGACAAAAGAACACUCGCUCGUUUGCAAGAGACCUUACGACGAUAUCGGCUGCAUUUACGGAAAAGGAAAUCAAUAUGUCGGCAAAGCCAAUGUGACGGCAUCGGGAAAGGAGUGUCUCCCUUGGGCUGAUGAGAGAAUCGCGCAUCAGUUGCGCGUGAACAUUGUCAAUAAAGAAGUGCGAGACAAACUGAAAACGCACAACUACUGCAGAAAUCCCAAUCCCGACAAGGAAUCGAGGACGUGGUGCUUUACGUCACCCGGAAAGCGCGAAUAUUGCGACAUUCCCGCCUGUGGCAAUAUCGAUCCGAGAAAGCCGAAGCUGUCUGGUCAGUGCUUGCCUAAGCAUUUCGAAUGCAUGCCAGGGGAGUGUAUUCCGUCCCCGUGGGUCUGCGACGGAGAAGAAGACUGCACGAACGGAGCUGACGAAAGGGUCUGCAGGAUGGACCUCGGUCUUUUCGAAAAAUCCGCGAAGCACAGACUCGAGGGUCACGAUGUGGAAAAGUGGUUUAACACGCCGCUUAAAACCUGCGCUUUGAGAUGCAAAGAAGCGGAUUUCACUUGUCGCUCGUUUAAUCACAAAUCGGACGGCAAUAUGUGUUUGUUGAGCGCCGGCAAUAUCGGUUUGACUGGCGCACUUAAACCCGACAAACAGUUCGAUUAUUACGAGAUGAAAGAGAGGAGCUUGAACUGCGACGACAUGUAUGUUUGCAAUAAUCGCAAGUGUAUAAAUCAAACACAGGUUUGCGACGGCAAAAACGACUGCGGCGAUCACAGCGACGAGAGUGUUUGCACGGUUGAAAAUCUCGAUUACGAUAUUCGUUUAGCCGGCGCAAAUAACAGCUACGAGGGUCGAAUUGAAGUUAAAGUUCACGGAAUUUGGGGACAAGUGUGCGACGAUGGUUUCGGGAUGAUCAAUGCCGACGUCGUCUGCAACGAGCUCGGUUUCGAUCUCGGAGCUCUGGAGAUUAGACCGGGUGGAUUUUACGGAAAUCUCGAUCCACCCACGAGAUUUAUGGUAGACCAGUUGAAAUGUCGCGGGAACGAGACCACGUUGCGGGAGUGCGACUUUAACGGAUGGGGAGUUCACAAUUGUCAGCCGGAAGAAGCUGUGGGCGUUGUGUGCAAGACGGCGGUUCACACCUGUCAGGAAGGUCACUGGAAGUGCGACAACAGUCCGAUCUGCAUACCUACCCCGUUUAUCUGCGACGAGGUGGUCGACUGUCCGGAUCAAUCCGACGAGAGUCCGGAGCAUUGCGACGCGCCGUUCGAGCUGCGCCUGGCAAAUGGCAGCACUCUUCUGGAAGGAAGAGUGGAAGUGCGUCAUCACGGGGUAUGGGGUACCGUGUGCGAUGACGACUUCACGAAUGCCACUGCAACUGUCAUUUGCAGAUCUCUGGGUUACGGUGGUGUCGCAGUAGCCAAGAAAGAUGGCUUCUUCGGUCCUGGCGAAGGACCGAUAUGGCUCGACGAGGUUUUCUGUCAUGGAAACGAAUCGCAAUUAUAUCGUUGCGAGCAUAAUCACUGGGGUCAGCAUAAUUGCGAUCAUAAUGAGGACGCAGGUGUAAUUUGCUCACCUGGAGAUAUUAAUAAUGCUGAGUCGUAUUGGAUAAGCGACUCGGAGUUAUCGGAACGAAUAAAUAUCGACGAGGUACUUCCGUCGAAUUGCGGUCAGCGCGCCAAAGAUUUCAACGACGACGACGAUCUGAUAUUUCAGAAAGUGGUACAUGGCUCCGUCGCUCCGAAAGGCACUUAUCCUUGGCAGGCCAGUAUUCGGGUGCGAGGACACAGUCGAUCGAGUCACUGGUGCGGCGCGGUUAUCAUAUCACCUUUACACGUGCUAACGGCGGCGCAUUGUUUGGAAGGCUACAACAAAGGCACGUACUUUGUUCGCGCUGGAGAUUACAACACAGAUAUAGACGAGGGGACGGAAGCGGAGGCCAAUAUCGAGGAUUACUACGUGCACGAGGAAUUCCGGAAAGGUCACAGGAUGAACAACGACAUCGCUCUGGUUUUGCUUAAAGGACGGGGCAUCCAACUCGGCAAGGAUAUCAUGCCAAUUUGCUUGCCGUCCGAGAGCACCAAGUACACAGUCGGACUCAAUUGCACGAUCAGCGGAUUCGGCAGUAUCGAGACGGGAAAGACGACGCAAUCGAAAGACCUGCGAUACGGUUGGGUCCCGUUGUUGGACCAGUCAAUCUGCAAAGCCGAUUACGUUUACGGCGAAGGUGCCAUAAGCGACGGAAUGAUGUGCGCCGGAUAUCUUGACGAAGGUAUCGACACCUGCGACGGUGAUUCCGGAGGUCCCUUGGCGUGCCAUCACAAUGGAGCUUUUACCUUGUACGGAAUAACCAGUUGGGGCCAGCAUUGCGGAAAAGCGAACAAACCCGGAGUUUACGUUAAAGUGGCAUAUUAUCGUCGCUGGAUCGAUCAAAAAAUCAAAGAAUCGAUGAUAGGUAGAUAGUGCGUUAAAACGAUUCAAUCUUUUAUCAGAUCAAAUAUAGAUUACUUUUUUCUUUUUUAAUAUAAAAAAACAUGUUAUAGUACGUAGCGCAUGUACAUAUUGGAGCAAUUUACGUUGAUUGCGAAUUUUUCAGCAUCACCUGUAAAUAUAACAAUAACUAUAAUAGAGAUACUUACUUUGUUGCGCAAUAUUGACUGAUUAUUAUCAUCCUUUCGCACAGGGGGAGUCUACACACACACACACAUACAGGUACGCAAAAUUUUGCAGAUGUGUAAAUGAAUACAAAAGUGAGUUUCUGUUAAUUUGAAGUUUAUUUCGUUAAGACAUCUUUGUUUCUACAGUAAUUGUAAUUGCUGCUUUUCUGUCACUGUUACAUGAUUGAGCCUAUUUUAUUUACAAUAGUCCCAACACACAUUUCUCUGACCCGAUUCCGUCCAAGGUGUGUGAUCUCAACUCAAACAGAUGGCAUGCGUGGUUAUUACAAAUUGAAUAAAAAUUAGCGCAGACGCGGAAAUAAACAAACGCGGUUUUACCGUCUUUCGCGGUUUAUGUAAAUUCUCUACAGCGCUAAAUUAAUUAAUUAAAAUUCUUACACCGUUGCGUACAGAGAUUUUAGGCUGAUCAGACGAGAGCUAUAUGUAUAUGUAAUAAACGUUUCUCUCUCACAUUUGGUUCGCUGGUCAAAUAAUUACAUUUCUCGCUCGAUAAAAAGAGGACACA